GGCUUCGAUGGAGUACUUUGGACCUGGUAAACCUGUUGCAGCACGCACUCAUUUCAAUCACUUUCCGGAGCCAUUUCCCUACACCAAUGGCCAUGAAAUACCUAUGGCUCACUUUUCUUCUUCCAUGCAUAAUUCAAGCCAUUUAGCCAGAUAUGGCGAUCCUUUUGGAUCCCACAUGCACAGUGGAGCUCCUCAUCCCUUUCCCAGGCAAUACCAGCAACCGUCACUUCCAUACUUUUCUGGACAGUAUGUUGAAAACAAUCCUGAUCCGUAUGAGCUUUACCCACAUAAUGCGUCGUUUCACCAUCCUACUUGCCCUUGCUUCUAUUGCUAUGACAACCACCGGCGAGGUUCAGUGCCAGUUCCACCCGCUGCUUUCCACAAUAAAAGGUUCCCUGAUUUCCCUAGCAAUCCCAUGCUCCAUCCUGAAAACCCCCGGGAUGGUUGGCCCAUAUGAUCACAACAAACCUCGGACUUCGAUUCCUCCACCCAUUCAUGUUUCACAAACCCAUACAAGAUGGCCAAGUGACCUUAACCCCCAAAUGGGAAGCUUUGUUCAUUUCCGUCCAGAUAGGGUGGUACUAACCAGUGGUGGCCGGCGAUGUCUUCCAUUUUCUGGUGGUGCUCCAUUGGUGACAUGUAGUAACUGCUUUGAAAUUCUGCAGCUGCCCAAAAAAGUUCUGCUUGCGGAAAAGAAUAAACAGAAAGUGCGAUGUGGGGCAUGCUCUACUGUGAUCGAUUUUGCGGUUUCAAAUAAGAAACUAGUUCUUUCUCAUGCAGAAGCAAAGAACAAUCCGUCGGAAGUUAAUAACUUGAAUGAGGAGGUCAAAGACAGUAUUUUACAUUCCCAUGGUCCUGUCACCCGGAUCUAUGCUCAUUUCUCCUCUGAUGAUUAUGAUAAUUCUGGUUAUGAUUUUCAGUCAAUAGAUAGAGAACCUGCAUUACCAUCCACAGGCCCAAGUUCAACGGGUAGCAAGCCUCACGAGAUGCAAAGCUUUCAUUCUUCAUCUCCCAGUACCUCUGAGGAUGACGGCAUCCCAGAAGCUCCAGUUGCUCCAAAAGAAUUCACAUAUUGUAUUCAGCAACCAAUCAAAGGCACUUUUUCUCCUCCUUCGCCUGGUUCACCUCUACAGGAGCACUUUGAAUUCUCAUCUAACAAUAACGUGAUAAACCGACUUGGGAAGGGCAACUGCAGUAGUCGCUCAGAUCAAGAAAAGGUAAAGCCAAAUAAGGUCACUUCACGACAGAACUCUUUAAAGGAGACAACACUAGCAACCGAGAUGGAUGUAUCAUUUAAUGAGUACUCCAAUACUGGGGCUUCCCAAGAUUCUUGGGAUGCAAACAAAGAGGAGGAUCAGCCAAGAACCAACAAAGGGAGUGAAUCAUUUAUUACGAACUUUAUUAAGAAGAGCUUCAGGGAUUUUUCCAAAUCAAAUCAGACAAAUAAUGGGAGAAGUAAUGUUUCAGUUAAUGGGCAUUUAAUACCAGAUCGUGAGCUCAAGAAGGCAGAAAAGAUGGCUGGAACAGUCCAUCCUGGACAAUAUUGGUAUGAUUUCCGAGCUGGAUUCUGGGGUGUCAUGGGUGGCCCUGGUCUUGGCAUUAUUCCUCCAUUUAUUGAAGAAUUCAACUAUCCCAUGCCUCAGAACUGUGCAGCUGGAGAUACUGGUAUUUUUGUGAAUGGAAGGGAGCUUCACCAUAAAGAUUUGGAUUUGCUGUCCAGUAGAGGACUUCCCACAACCAGAGAUAGAUCUUACAUCAUCGAGAUCUCAGGGAGAGUCCUGGAUGAAGACACCGGUGAAGAGCUUGAUAGCCUUGGCAAGCUUGCCCCAACGGUUGAGAAGGUAAAACGUGGAUUUGGCAUGAAGCUUCCAAGAGCAGCUGCAUAAUCAACAUUUAGAAAUUAAUAACUUCAUCUCUCGCAUGGAGAUUCUCAAGUCAUCCGCCCCGAGUUGGAAAGUAAAAUUAUUAGGGGAAAAACGAAAAGAAACCCGGUCUAGGAAAACUUCUUUGAAAUGUUCUGCAUCCGCACAAUAUUGCAGAUAACCGAAAAUGAAUGAUAAGCUGUUAGGAUGGUCAGCAGGGUGGUUGUAUCCGAAAUCUGGAAUAGCUAUUUUCUGGUUUGAUUUGUUAGUGUAUGUAGAUCAUGCUAGUUUUCUUUGAUCUGCGACUUUCCAUGUGUUAAUUUGUGUAUAUGGUUUGGUUUUCUGCUGUCCUGUUAUAUAUUAUUAGAUUACGGUUUAUCUUGAUCAAAAUAUAAAUUUUGCAGGUGGCAUUUCUAAACUA